CCGUCACUAGUUACUAGAUAAUCCCAAUUUGAAAAUCCAUGAUCAACGAUUUGACUUCACUAUAUUUUUUUUCUUUGAAGCCGAUUUAAGGAACAAUUCGAAGCUAUAGGGGCAUCAGAUUUUUCUUCGUAGAAGUGAACAUUGUGAGCUACUUAAAAGGGUAUCAGAGAAGCCGCAAAAUAUCUAUUGCUUUAUAAUAAAAAAUACUUUUUUAUAAUCUAAGAGUAACUAAAUACAGUUUGGUUUGAAUCAGGUUAAUCAUAGGGUGUUAAAUUAAUACUUGACUUUCUAUUUCUAAAGUUUAUGUGUUAUAUAUACAAAUCGACUUUGAUCGAAGAAAAAAUAGACAAAUUGAAUUUCAUUAUAACUGGAACGUAAUCUUUUAAUUUGAAAUGUGACCUUUUUAUUUCACAGGUAUUAAAUUUGUUAUUUAUUAAGUUCUUUAUUAAUGCAUACAUACUUUUUAAAAUUCCAAUGAAUUAAAAUAAGUAAGUUAACUGAAAGCCAAAAAUUAUUCAAAAAACUAUUUCUGUCAAAGUGAUAAAUAUUCUCAAACAAUUAACAAAAAAAUAGUCAAACCUGCAAAGAGUCACUAAUUAGUAGUUUUAUGAUGUAUGGGAAAAACUUAAACAAACUAACAAACGUUUAGUCAAAAUCUCUAGAGAAUGUAUUACUUUGAUUUAUGGUAGAAGGCUGAAUAACCAUAUUGCAUUACUAUGGUAAGAAAAUUAAAAAAAAGAUAAUAAUUAUGGUAGAGAAUUUAAAACAGAUAUACUAUAUAUAUAUAUAUAUAUAUAUAUAUAUGAGUAACUGACUCAUGAUUUCAUAUGUAUCUUUUCAUCUAACAAUAUAUAAUUGGGACUAAAGUGUGAGUUCAAUAAAGCUUUUUCUAUAAGCUAUUAAGGUACACAUGCAAAUUUUAUAAUAAACCUAAUAACUAAUUAUAAUAGUUCAUACCUAGAUUUUUAUACUGUAUCACUAUCAAUCAUAAAAUAUAUCUAUCUUUGUCAUAAUAUGCUUUUUUGAAAUUUUAUUUUAUUAAUUUACAUUAAAUAAUACAUAUUCCCAUUUUCAUAUUUUCUAAGUUCUCUAAAUAGUAAAAAUUGUAAUCAUAAAAACCUUGUAAUUAUAUGUUUUUAGAACUGUGAUUUUCCAUUUCUAUCGUGUUACAAAAUUUAAGAUUGCAUUUAUUCUGUUGUUUUAUUUAUAUUAGCUCUCGCAAUUGUUUAAAAUAAUGAUUAUAUUUAUUUUUUACUCUCUUGAAGUAUCAAUUUCUGAAUACAUCAGAAGUUUACAAAAACAUUAACUAAUAAUUAUAAAAAAAAACAUUAUUGACUUCAAUUUAGCUAAUGCAAUUUUGAAUCUCUUUGACUUUCCAGUUUAUAUAAAAAAAAAUAUUUCUUGUUUAUUUUGAAUAAAUAUUGGGAGUUCUAAUUCUUAAAUUUGUAAUAUAUGUAGUAAAUUUGUUCAGUCAGUUUUUUGCAACUGAGUGAUGUUACUCAAAGUAUUAUUUUGGAAUUUACAGGAAAUGAUGUCAAAAGAUAUGGCUAAAAUAAAUCAAGAUAUGCUAAUGCUAAGGGAUGACCAGACUCCUAAAGUUGGAGCUAGCUUGAGCCAAUCUAAACGAAGGAAGAUUUCAAUUGUUGGCAUUAAACCCAACAUACCUGACCUGAAUGUGAAACCUUGUUAUGAUUCCGAUGAGGAAGAAAAAGGAGAAGUUACAAAUAUAUUUCAGAAUCUUGCAGGUUUAAAAUCUCAUGAUGGAUGCUAUGUUCAUCAUAAGCUUUUGUACGAGCUUGAGGUCGAGAUCUUUGCUCGUCUUCCAUGCUUCGAAUACUGGAAACUGCAGUUUCUUAACAAGAAAUUUUUGCAGUUGUUAAAAAGUGGUGAAAUUUUCAGGGUGAGACAAGAAAAGGGACUUGUAAAACCCUACGUGAUUUUGCAUUCAGGGGCUGGAUCAAAUUGGGAAAUGUUUGAUAAGGAUUUUAAAACCUUUCAGAGACUUCCUAAAGUUCCUUCUUCUGACUAUUGCUUUUUCCACAGCGAUAAGGAAACAAUAUGUGUGGGUACUCAACUAAUUGUCAUUGGAAGAGAAAUAGAGGGAAUUGUGGUGUUUCGCUACGAGCUAGAGAAUCAUAAGUGGUUCAAAGGUCCUUCAAUGAUCACACCGAGGGUCAUGUACGGUUCUGCUAGCCAUGGAAAAACCGCAUUCUUUGCAGGAGGCAUUCAAAUGGAUGACAAUGGAAACCCUAUUGUUGUGCGAACUGUGGAAAAGUAUAAUGCUGAUGCAAAAAGUUGGACUAUGAUUAAUGGAAUGCAUAAAGCAAGGAAGUUCAGCUCAGGAUGUUUCUUGCGUGGAAAAUUUUAUGUCCUCGGUGGCAGAGAUGAGAAUGAUAAACACCUCACUUGUGGAGAAAGUUAUGAUGAGACCACAAAUUCUUGGGAGUUGAUACCUGACAUGUUGAAAGACAUGACAUUCAUUACGCCUUCCCAAUCUCCGCCUCUUAUAGCUGUGGUUGAUGACAAUCUAUACAUGUUGGAGACAUCUUUGAACGAGCUUCGCGUAUAUGAUAUAAACACAAAUAUUUGGAAGAAACUUGGUGUUGUCCCUGUGAGCACAAACACUACCUUUGGUUGGGGGACUGCGUUUAAAUCGAUGGGAGAUAGACUUCUGGUUGUUGGCUCUUCUCACUCUUGGCAUAGGAAAGGAAUAGUCUACUCAUGCCGUCCUUCUCCAGACGUGGAAGAGCAGCACUGGGAAGAAUUAAAAUAUUGGUGCAGUGGUGCUAAGCUCCCACAGUUUAUUCAUAACUGCUGUGUGAUGUUUGCUUAAAGUUGUUUCCGAGGCAAACUUGUUUUGUAUUUGUGCUUACAAUAAUUUUGUGGCCAUGACGCCCAAAACAAUUAAAAUUGUGGUUUUAUGUUGUUUUUGUUUUCUGAAUUUUUGUUUUGCAUUUGAGAUACAAAUGUUGUUGUUUUUCGUUUAUCUUAAGUGCUUAUGUUUGUGAAAAAAACAAAGAUUAAUGUUGUUUAUGUAAUGAUUAUUGAAUUUUAUUGUUUUGCUUUUCCCCUCUUUAGACAUUAAUGUCACCUAAUCAUGUUCAUUUAAAAUCUCUAUCAUGUUUCAGUUUGUUUUUUCAAAAAUAUAGGUUUACAAAAUUAUAUACCACACUGAAAUCAUAUCUAAUUUUUACUUGCUUGGUUUGGAUAACUAGAAUUUUCAGGUUAUUUGGUUUUAACCAUAAACAAUGGUUGUAUUUUUUAAAAAUAAAAUUGCCUAUUUCAUUUUACAUGGUUAGAUGAUGGAUUUACUAAAAACAUAGAAUGUACUAAUUUAAUUUUGGUAAGAAAAAUUAUUAUAUUUUAUGUGAACCCAAAUUGUAUUAUUUACACAGAGGAGUUGCAAAUAAUGGAGUUAUAAAUAAUUAAAAAUAAGAAAGCAACAGUUAUGACAAAUGUGCUUGUUUUUCUAUAAAUAAUGAUAAGAAAAAUGUUAUUAUUUUUAUAAUAUUAUUCAUCAGUUUGAUAUUAGUGGCUUGAUCCCCGUCACUAGUUACUAGAUAAUCCCAAUUUGAAAAUCCAUGAUCAACGAUUUGACUUUACUAUAUUUUUUUUCUUUGAAGCCGAUUUAAGGAACAAUUCGAAGCUAUAGGGGCAUCAGAUUUUUCUUCGUAGAAGUGAACAUUGUGAGCUACUUAAAAGGGUAUCAGAGAAGCCGCAAAAUAUCUAUUGCUUUAUAAUAAAAAAUACUUUUUUAUAAUCUAAGAGUAACUAAAUACAGUUUGGUUUGAAUCAGGUUAAUCAUAGGGUGUUAAAUUAAUACUUGACUUUCUAUUUCUAAAGUUUAUGUGUUAUAUAUACAAAUCGACUUUGAUCGAAGAAAAAAUAGACAAAUUGAAUUUCAUUAUAACUGGAACGUAAUCUUUUAAUUUGAAAUGUGACCUUUUUAUUUCACAGGUAUUAAAUUUGUUAUUUAUUAAGUUCUUUAUUAAUGCAUACAUACUUUUUAAAAUUCCAAUGAAUUAAAAUAAGUAAGUUAACUGAAAGCCAAAAAUUAUUCAAAAAACUAUUUCUGUCAAAGUGAUAAAUAUUCUCAAACAAUUAACAAAAAAAUA